UUGUUUUUUAGAUAAAAAUAAUUAUUACUACACCCAUUUAAUUGAAUGCGAAAAAGAAAGAGAUAAUGCUAUUACUCUUUUUGAGGCUUUAUUUAAGGAAUUUCAAGGGAUAUACGGUAAUGUACCGGAAGAGACAGCACCUCCUCCGCCCCCCCAAAUCAAAAAAAGGUUUUAAAGGAAUAGUUGGUUGGCUUCUUGCAAAGAAAGGGAAGCGUGCUCAGCCUUCGACGAGUUCAGGUGGUACAACUGUAAGCUCGCACAACGAACUUGCUAUGUACCAAGGGGUGCCAUGUGAUUACGAGGACGACGACGACGUGGAGUUUGACGUCCUCGGAUGGUGGAAGCGGAACGAGCACAUGUUCCCAUGUCUCGGAAUGCUAGCAAGACAAGUUUUAUCCGUCCCGGUAUCAACCGUAGCAGUGGAACAAGAAUUCAGUGCUGGCGGCAAUAUUCUAACCGACUCCCGAAGUUGUCUUAGCGCUGAAUCUCUUGAAACACUUGUUUGCAACCGAGAUUGGCUCUUGGCAAGACGUCGAGCUCAAGAGUCAGAAUACGAUUUCAAUUUCGAUCAUUACAUGAAUGCAACCCCAGAUGGAAGGCCGAGUUCUGAGGAAUAAGUUAUAAACUUUUUUUUUAUGUUAAUGUAGAUAUGUAAUUAAUUUUUUUAGGUGAGCGAUAUAUAAGCUCCUUCGAGGGUUUCUUUACGGUUCUUUACCUCGUGUCUUUUUUUGAACCGUCAGAAUAUUAAAUGUAGUUGUUAUUC